AUGUCAGCUCGCCAAAACCACCGGCACGUCACAUCACCACUCGGGGCAUUCCCCCUGCCGUCGCGACGGUUACAACACGUCCACAUCGACAACAUUGGCCCCCUUCCACCGGUCGGGCCUUACCGCUACUGUCUCACCGCCAUCGAUCGGUACACUCGAUGGCCCGAAGUAUUGCUGCUCGAAAGGAUUACCGCAGAAGAUGUCGCCUCGGCCUUCUUCAUCGGCUGGAUUUCCCGCUUCGGCACUCCUCGUCGCGUCACAACCGAUCAAGGACGGCAAUUCGAGUCCCAACUCUUCAGGCUUCUCGGGCUUUCCACCGGGUUCGAGCGCUCACGGACUACCAGCUACCACCCCUGCGCCAACGGGAUGAUUCAGCGGUUUCACCGGCAGCAUAAGGCAGCUAUCGCGUACCGCCCUAACUCAACUUGGCUCAAGGCUCUCCCGGCCGUCGCUCUUGGUCUGCGCGCCACUUUCAAACCAGACGUCCUGGUAACGCCCGCAGAACUGGUUUACCGGGAGCCGCUUCGCCUACCUGGGGAGUUUCUCCCCGCUCGAACUUCCGACAUCACCAGCUCGGACCCGACAGACUUUGUCGCCCGGCUGCGUCGCACAAUGGCCUCACUGCGCCCGUCACCAGCAGCACGUCACACCAAGCCGACCCCGUUUGUGUUUAACGACUUGGCAACGUGCUCGCAUGCCUUUCAUCGCGACGACACUGUAGGUGCGCCGUUUCAACCACCUUACUCCGGACCCUAUAAAGUUACCCGCCGUGACGACAAAACAUUCACCCUUCAAAUCAGUGGGAGGGAUGUUCGCGUCUCCAUCGAGCGACUGAAGCCAUCAUACAUCCUCUCCGGGGAAACGACCAACUCCAGACCGCCUCCCCUAAAUCACCCACAGCAGCCUCCAACACCUCGGCCCGUGCCCUACAUCACGCGCUUUGGCCGCCAGGUGCGCGUCCCCAAUGCUCUUCAAACCUGA